AUGAUGGAAAUCGUUCCGCUCAACCUUCAAACAACGCUCAACCUUUUCGCGGUACCGUUGCCACCGCCGCGCACAGUGUGCAAGAUAUGCGGACUUCCUGCUCACGGAGUUCAUUUCGGAGUCAUGGCUUGCAGAGCGUGUGCCGCGUUUUUCAGGAGAUUCGUGGUGCUGAAUCUAGAUUAUGAAUGUCUGAAGGAUAAGAGCAAGUGCAGUCUUAAUAAGAUUCGGAGAAGCUCCUGCCGUCACUGCAGAUUCCAGAAGUGUCUAAAGAUGGGAAUGACAGCAGAUAAUGUCCAAUGGAAUCGCGACGUCUACUCCACUGACUUACGAUACAAAAAGAUUAAGACACCUGAGCCGAAAAACGACGAGAAUGAUUUAACCAUCGCGUUGCCCAGCACAAGCACAUGCCUCUACUCUCUUAUAAAAACACAGGAUCAGCUUUACACCAAAUCGGUUCUCUCUGAGAUCAACUACGACAAUAUUGAGCGUGAUAUGCAUCGAAUGUUUAUGUCCGACGUCCCUUCGACAGAUCACGGCUACUUUGCCUCGUUGAGCCCCCUUCAUAAAAUUGUCGAGGGGCUUCGACUGGUUCGAAAGUCACAACGAACUGCAGAUAUCAAAUUCGAGAAUCGUCUAUCAAUGGAAACGCUGGUCCCGCAUUGGAGAGCUCAAGCCAAGAAUACGGCGAUUCUCUCUAUGCACUCUAUGGCUUUCCGGGAUAUUCCGUUGACCGAGAAGUCCCGCAUUUUCAAAUCUCUUUGGCAGAAUAUCUAUCGGUUUGAGAGAAUUCAAAUGUCAACUGAAAUAUUUGGAGAGAACUGUGUUAGUGAGAAAAAGCUAGCGAUCUCCUGUGAGAGAGCUAUCCAACUGGAUUCUCUCUUCUUUGAUAUUGAAGGCGUCGCACAGAACAAACUAAAAAUAACACUACAAGAUUACAAGGCAUUCGCCGAGAGAUGUGUCGAAGAAGUGGCGAAACCUUUGAGUCAGUUGAAACUUUCCAUCGAAGAAGUGGCCUAUCUAAUCAUUAAUUUUGUAUUGCAUAAUGAGGAGAAAAUCAUCGGGGAAUCCUUCGAUAUCUGUGACAAAUUCCGUGAUUCCAUAGCCGACGAUCUUCAUGAGUACUAUCGGAAGAAUGAUAUUGUGAACUAUGCAUCGAGGAUCACAAAAAUGAUGAAUACCAUCGUGGCGAUGAAGAAAAUCCAUUAUGAUGAUCUCGGGGGAACUUUUGUGACGAACACUCGGAAUGCGAAGGAGGUGGAGGUAAAGGUGGAAGAUGAUGAUGAAGAAGAAGAAAUAAUAGUUGAUUGA